AGCUGCGGGUACCUGUGGUGGGGAGGGCGGUUGUGCCGGGGCCACUUCUCCCCAGCGGUUCUGGCGGUUUCCCCGGCACUCUCGCGGCUCUGAGUUUCCUAUACUUGUGGCAUAGUGCAAACGCGAGGAGGAACGGACACAGCAUUGGUUAGUUGUGGCCUUAACCUCAUCCCGCGGACAUGGCUAACAAAGGGAACAAAAAACGUCGACAGUUUUCUUUGGAGGAAAAAAUGAAAGUAGUAGAAGCAGUGGAUUCUGGCAAGCGAAAAGGAGAUGUGGCAAAGGAAUUUGGCAUCACUCCUUCUACAUUAUCCACAUUCUUAAAAGAUCGUGCUAAAUUUGAAGAAAAGGUAAGGGAAGCAUCUGUGGGACCACAACGAAAAAGAAUGCGCAAUGCACUCUAUGAUGACAUUGACAAGGCUGUGUUUGCUUGGUUUCAGGAAGUUCAUGCAAAAAACAUUCUUGUAAGUGGAUCAGUGAUUCGAAAAAAAGCAUUGAAUUUGGCAAAUAUGUUAGGCUAUGACAAUUUUCAAGCAAGUGUUGGAUGGCUUAAUAGAUUUCGUGAUCGUCAUGGGAUUGCUUUAAAAGCAAUCUGCAGAGAGGAUAAUGAUAAAUUAAUGAAUGGUAUAGGAAUAGAUAAAGUUAAUGAAUGGCAUGCUGGUGAAAUUAUAAAGCUGAUUGCUGACUACAGUCCAGAUGAUAUUUUUAAUGCUGAUGAAACAGGCAUGUUUUUCCAGUUGUUGCCACAGCAUACACUUACUGCUAAAGGUGAUUGCUGCAGAGGAGGUAAGAAGGCCAGACAACGAUUGACUGCACUUUUUUGUUGCAAUGCGUCAGGAACUGAAAAAAUGAGACCAUUGAUUGUUGGCAAAUCAGCUACCCCACGAUGCUUUAAGAAUGUGCAUUCACUUCCUUGUGAUUACCGUGCCAAUCAGCGGGCAUGGAUGACUCGAGAUCUGUUUAAUGAGUGGCUAAUAAAAGUUGAUGCAAAGAUGAAACAAGCAGAACGCAGAAUUCUCAUGUUAAUUGACAAUUGUUCUGCACACAACAUGCUUCCACGUCUAGAAAGAAUACAAGUAGGCUAUCUACCAUCAAACUGUACAGCCGUUUUACAGCCAUUGAAUCUUGGUGUAAUUCAUACCAUGAAAGUUUUAUAUCGGAGUCGACUCUUGAAGCAGAUUCUUCUCAACCUCAAUAGUAAUGAGGAAAAAGAAAAGAUCAGCAUUAAACAAGCUAUUGACAUGAUAGCUGGGGCAUGGUGGUCUGUUAAACAAACCACAGUUGUGAAGUGCUGGCAAAAAGCAGGCAUUAUUCCAAUGGAAUUUACUGAUACUGAUCCAGAAGAUGAUGAUGAACCAGAUACAGAAAUUGAAAAACUAUGGAAUUCAGUUGCUAUUGCCACAUGUGUUCCAAAUGAAGUCACUUUUCAGGACUUUAUAACUGCUGACAAUGAUUUAUUAAUAUCUCGUGAGUUAAUGGAUGUAGAAAUUGUUGAAAGCAUGAUGGCUGGUGCAAGCCCUGAAGAAGCUGAAAGUGAAAGUGAGGAUGAUGAGGGUGUCUCUUUGCUGGAGCAGCCAAAACUAACUAUUGCAGAAGCUAUCUCAAGUGUAGAGAAACUCAGGCAAUUUCUUUCUACAUGUACAGAUGUUCCUGAUGCAGUUUUUGGACAGCUAAAUGGUAUAGAUGAAUAUUUAAUGACAAGUGUAACACAUACUCUUGUAGAAUCCAAUAUUACAGAUUUUCUCCAAACAAAAUAAAAUGGGAAAAUUACUUCAUCUUUAUAUUGGAGCGUAUAGUUCUAACAUGACUAAAGAAUGUUCCUUUCAGAUUUUGAACUUAUUUCAAGCAAUAUCAUUGCAUUGACAUUCCAGUACUGUGAAAUGGUUUGGACACUUGAAGCCUGCUGUAACAGGAUUUGGUCUGUGAUAUAUUUGAUUGAUAACUGUAUUAUUUCUUAAUUCAGUGUAGAAAGAUUAACCACAUUAUAGAUUAUCUUUGAGACUUGCAACUACCUUCUAGAAUUUCUGCCUUAGUUUACAAUCCACUUUGUUCCACAGAUAGUAUCUAAUAUUGACCAGCUUUGUUACAUUCCUCCUCAUAAUUUGCUGUAGUUAGGACCAAUUAUUUUUAUGUAGUAUUGCAAUUCUUCCUCUGUUCUGAUGAAUUGUCUCUUGGCACAGCUCUCCUCUACUUCCUACUUUGCUUAUCCUCUAUAAAACAAACUUCCCGUCUUAUACCCAGAAGAGAAUUAUUUGAUGGAAGUACUUCCUAUGGGAAUUGCUUAAGCAAGUAACAUAUGAUUUCUAGCCUUUUAGAGAUGUGCAACUUAGUUUUAUUGCUAAUAGAAAGAUGAGGUAGGAUGGAUUUAGAACAUAUUUUCAUAAUUGAUAUAGGAGUUAGUUAAAGUUUAUGGAACAGUUCUAUAUUAAGGGACCACAGAGCUCAGAGACAAUAGAAGAACAGAUCCAUAGAGAUAGUAGAAUGAGGUUUUCUAAUGUUCAUCUACUAUACUUUUGACCAGGAUGGAGGUUAAAAAGAUACAGGAGUGAGAGUGUGCAUAUGAAUAAACAUGUUUGAUUCUACCCUGAUUCGAGAUCCCACUCCAUAUCUAGGUAAUUCAGAAUCAUUUCCACAUGAUAAUAUUAACAAUCUGCAUUGCCCACACAUCGGGGAGAGACUAAGAUAAUUAAUUGCCAUUCUUUUUCUGUUAUUGCUCUUUGUGGAAAUCUGCUAAGUUAGAUUUGCUUUAAUUCAAGGUUUUAAAAAAAAAACAAAAACCCAGAUAUUAGAAACAUUCAACUAAAGAUUUUCUUCCUACCAAAAAAAAAAUAAUAACCCAACCCAAAACAAACACCUUAUUUUUUAUUUCAUUUAUUUAUUUAUUUUGUAUUCCUAAUCUAAUAGUAAUCAGAACUCAAAAUAAUGGCUUUUAUUUUUAGGUAUAAAUCAAUCAGAAGGUACUUUGAGGUGGUAGUGAAUUUUGAUAUUUUUUCAGAUGAAUUUUUGGAUACUUCAAUGUUUGGUUAUUUUCCAAAGCUGGAACUUGUGAAAUCAUUGGGGAUGGGGAGUGGAGGGUGGACUAACUGUCUCUUUUGGUCAGGUUAGCCAUAGAGAUUGGAGAAUAUUUUUGCCAUGAUGUAUUAGGAGAACCUCCCUCACCAAAAAAAAUAGAUAUUGUUUUAAUUAAGAAAUACAAAAUUUAUGUAUUCUAAAUAUUUUUAUUCAACACAAAUAUAACUAUAUUAAUAAAACGAAUGCAUAUUUUUGAAUUUUCAACCAGUUUAGGCCAAGAAAACAAAAUGACCUGCAUUUUCCUUCUACUUGUCAAGAUGUCACCAAGUCUUGUCAUUUCUUCUCCUGAAAUGUCUCUAGGUUUCACCACUUUUUGUUUUCAUGCACACACAAGCUGAAUAAAGACCCACAGUACCUUAUACUUGCAAUAGCCUAGAUGGUCUUCCUGACAUCUUCCUCUCUCAUUCCCAUUCUAAUCCAUUCUGUACACUGCUGCCAUAUUUUUCCAAAAUACUGCAGGUAGCAUGUCCCUUUCUCUGCUUAAAAAGCUACAAUGAUACUUCUUUGCCUACAAAAUAAAAUGCAAAUGCCUCAAAUUCCAUAAUUUAGCCCACUCUUAUCUCAAUAUGCUCCAAUUCCAGAUAGACCAGACUAUUUUUUCUCCUUAAUACCACUCUUAAAGCUGCCUAUCUUUAAUUAUUCUUGAAGGCUUCAUCUUUGUCUUAGUCAUGGUUUAUCCAUUCUGAAAAUUUUAGCUCAGUCCCAUCCUCCCCAGUCUUUUCCUUAAUCAGUUAAAAGCAUCAGUUUCUCCAUGACCCCUUAAGUAAAAAGUGAAAUGGGAAAUGUUGGUGAGUACUGCCAUGCCCAUAUGCUGGCCAUCCUGUGUCACCCCUUUCUGUUAUUAGAAAUUUUUCUAGGUCCAACCAAACUAUUAUUUCUUUCUUGAAGAAUUCCCUGAUGCUGUCAGGUGUUUAUAUUUCUUAAAGAGCUUCAUCUAAACUAAUUCAUUAUCCUUAUCACUAGCUACCUUGUACUCUACUUUUGUUCUUCCAACUUAUCCCUUAAAAACAGACUAUCUUUUUUUUUUUCUUCUUUGUACACCCAACAUUUAGCACGUAGGUCUCCUGCAUAAUACCUUUUAUAUAUAGUGAGCAUUUAAUGUUGAUUAAACUGAAUAUGGUCAUUGAGCUUACUAAUGGGGAGUUGGACUUAAUAAUGGGUUGUUAAAUUAAAGAAAUUUUCCCCAUGUUUCUAAAGAAUUAAGUGAAAAGUGUCAAAAUUAACCCAAGAUUUUUAUGUCAUCUCUGGCAUUUGCAAAAAAUACACUGACUUCAGAAAUGCAGGAGCAGCAUCACAUAUUACAUUUAUAUUUUACAACUGUUGAAUAUCUUUCACCACUUUGUAACAAACUGGGAGAAGGGAAGUUCCAACUAGGGCAUGGAUGUUUCAUAUGCUCCAGGGGCCUUAUGGAAGGGCUUUAUCUAUGAAUGCAAAAGAAUAAGAGGAACACAUGGUAUUUUGUAGGUUCCUAUAAUUUUUGCCCUCUGCUUAAAAAUCCAAUAAAGAAAAGUUUAAAAUUCUAUUGGCAGUCAAAAGAAGUUAUAAGUAGAAACUUCAAAUCUAAUGUACAUGAAUACCAGCUGUUACAGAAUGCAAAAUUUAACAUCCAUCUUUUUCCAAUGUUAUCCAUUCUUUUUAGUCUCACCAACCCCAAAGACAGAUGAGGUUUUUCCUGUUUCAGAGCAUUUUGCUUUGUUUAGAAUGCCACACAAAGUUGCUUGAGUAGUAAAAUGGUAAAAUGCACUAUCUACAUUGUCAUUAUGAAUUUAUGGUUUCUGGAAGCAGCAUUUAGUGAAAAGCAGAAAAAUUAAAACUUGAACAGUUGUUGCUCUGAUAUACAUCUAUAAGUACUAUAUGUACAUGAUGUAUGUAUUACAAGAUUCUGGAGAAAAAAAACAGCAGCCAGGUCUCUUAUCUACAUCUGUUGAUGGUAGAUUGACUUCUAAGAAGUGAAAUAAUAGGUUUCAGGAUUCAACUUUAAUUCAUACUGAAAAAAAAUUGCUUGGUUCCAAGUGUAUUUUUUAUGAAUUUCCAAAUAAAGAACAUGAACAUUUCAAUGUGCAAAGAAGAAAAAGUAUGUGAAACUUUGUACUUCUAUAAUAUAGCUUUUUAAAAUGUAUUUUAUAUUUAAUACAGUAGUAACAAAGCUG